AUGAUGCUGAACCCCAGAUCCUACUUGUACUCCCGCCGACAAGUUCCCUCCACCUCACCAACCCUUGCCACGGCAGCCCCAAACACUGGUUUCCCAUCCAAACGGAGAGAUGAAAACAUCACCGUCACUCCCAUCAAGAACUCGAAUGCAGACCUCACCAGUCGGCCGACCACUGCUAUGCCCAAACGCAAGGAAUCUAGCAACCUAAGCCGCAGCCCACCAACCACAGGCACAACCAUGGCCGCUGCCGUUGCGCGACCAAACACCCCGACGAGCGCAGUCCAGAUCCCUGUCAAGAACAAGCAAGAGGCAUCUUACUCCCACAACUCCCGAUACGAUGCUCCACGACGGCAGGCCUCCAGCCAGCGGAGGCGCGAUAGGCACUCGCCAGAUGGCCUCCCACCCUCGGUGGCUGCUUUGCUUGCCAUCACAAGUAUCCCGCCGCCCAGUAAACGAGCGGGCUCCCGGCAACGGAUGACUGUAGACUCUAUUGUCCCACGGUCUCAAGUCUCGGAGAAGGAGCUGAGCCAGGAGCUCAGUCUAUCAUCGUUCAAUCGCACCCCCAUGGAUGUACUUCUCAGUCCGCCGGAUGAGCCUAUGGAGGAGGACGCAUCUGUUACUAGCGAUAGUUGCAUGGCUUCUGUUCUUUCCACUCGUGCAGCAUCCUUCGAUAGUCUGCCAUCCCUCGGGGAUUCUUUGGGGACAACGCUACCCUCUGUCGAUAGUCCCGUUACUCCAAGAAGCAGGCGGUUUCGUCCGCCCCGAAGAUCCCUUGAGCCCGUUUCUUCUCCGCCGGGUGAGCAGGCAGAGCACCCUCUCUGGGUCGAUCCAGAUGUCGAGGUUGAUGAAAUGGAUUUCAGUGUUUUCGAUCCGUCGGCAGUAUCAACGGACAAGCAGCAGGCCAACGUCUUCUUACCGCUCAAAACGGCGUUCAAGUCGAAUCUGACAGCAUCGCUCCGCGCAUUGCGCUCAGCGGCCCGGUCGUUGUCGACGUUUACGGCUUCUUCGGUCCCGCCGGAAGAUCUACUUACGCGCUCUAUUCUCACUAUGGAUCCUCGGGUACCAUUUACAGACGAGCGGCGACCGCCUGUGCUUGACGAGGAGCCAAGUGAGGCAAUGCGCCGAUACCUUAACCCUACAGAUAGUGCCCGGCUCGAUCUACGGACGACCCCAGCCACGGGACCUACGACACGCAGUUAUACGGCGUCCAUUCAAAUGCAGACAUACAAAGUCUCACGUUCUAAGAGCGCCCCGGCCACAUCAACCCGCAAAGCAUCCUCGCCACCUCCGUCAACAGCCUCAACUAAAUCCCCGGUUCCCCCUACGUUCCCCCCAGGUCCUAGGCAAAGAGAAAUUCGCGAAAACGCUGAUUUUAUUCGUAUUGCCGUAUUGGAACACCUGAUGCGCAAGAGGGGCAAGUUCGACAACUCACAAGAAGGGCACGCUCGUUGGCUGUUGCCUCCCAGGAAGCCGAGUGCGAAGCCUUACGAGAUUGGGUCUGACGGCAUACCUAUUCGAUGGAUUCCGAUCUCUCAAGACACCUCUUAG